AAGGGAAAAAAACAAAGCACAUUACUCUUGUUCUACCAAUCACUCACCACUGCAAUUACAGGUCCAGGUGCACUAAACACGACCUCAAGGAGCCGAUUGAUGCUUCUCGACACUAAUCGACGUGCGAUUGCGUCCGCAGCGGUGUUACCGAUUCACGCUCUAGUGCACGACUGAGGGUCCUUGCAUGUGGAGCGCUUCUCAUACCCAAUCAUGCCUACCAAGGUGUUGAAAGAAUAAAAUGUCCGGUCUUCCGAACAAGAAAUCGCAUCAGAAGCACAUACGUGAUGAAUCAGCUGCACAAGGCAAUGCUGCUCGCCCACAGCUUGGCGGCAAAGGCGACGCGGAAGAGAGCCGGGGUCGGCCCCGCGCCUUGAGACGGCUUUCGAACAAGACAUUGCGGCCAUGGCCCAGACUGGAUAUAGAGGGGAAUGCUGGAGGUUCCUCAGGACGUUCAACGUCAUCGGCGUUUGGAGUAUAUAUGGGUUCUUACCGGCGAAGCCCAUAUCAAUCCAGUGUUUCACUGCGGGGCAGUUCCGUACCUGGGUCCGCUCGUGCAAGUAUAAACCAUGACCGGAUUGACGAAUUGCUUCCACAAGAGGACCUUGACUUGGAAACAUAUGGGUUGGAAGAAUAUCGUGAUGGACUUUUCGACGCCAUGUUCUUCCAGCCGCCACCUCUUGACAAAGUCAAGCUUCUCAAGGACGCAGAGAAGACGCUUCCAUUUCCCCUAUCGAAGCCCCGUCCUUGGGUGCCAAGGGAAAUUAUUCCCAAACACUGGCAUGACAUGACACAUUUAGCCUACCGAUUGACCAGAACCAGGGCUGGUGUAAAGCUAGCUAAAUCGUUCAUCUGUUAUUUUGCAGCCUACAUCAUUUGUCUUAUUCCUGCUUGCAGAAGAUGGCUGGGUCCUUACAACUACAUUAUGGCUAUUUCUGCCGUUCUCAAUCACUCCGGAAGGUCAGUCGGCUCCCAGCUGGAUGGGACAUUUCUCACUAUCCUUGGCACUGCAGCCGGUCUUGGCUGGGGAUCUCUUGCCCUCUAUGUAUCCACUGCUACUGCCCCCUCUCGAGAAGGUUAUGGUGGAAUUCUGUCCGUGUUCUUAGUUUUAUUUACUGCAAUUAUUGCCUGGGUACGGUGCUACUACAUGAGAUUCUAUCAGGCAGUCAUUUGCGCUGGUGUUGCAAUCUGCUUCAUGUGUUUGGCCGACGUAGGCACAAACGUUAGUUGGAGACGGGUCUUUGACUAUGGAAUUCCCUGGGUUCUCGGGCAGGCUAUCUGCUUGAUAGUAGGGAUCUGUGUCUCUCCAGAUGCCGGUACACGAUCAAUGGCAUUUGCCAUACAUAAUUCAUUCAAGGCCAUUAGAAGCACCCUGGAACUUCCACGUCAAUAUCAGUCAUCCAUUCGACGCCGACUGGCAGCUAGCUUUGUUGACCUCUCACAAGCUGUGCGAGAUUUUACUAUCGAAUUAACAGUCUCUCGAUUUGCUCCCGACGAACUUCGAGAGUUGCGAAACUUGAUCCAGGGAGUGAUGCGCUCUGUUCAAACCAUCCGGACAACCACAAUCUUGUUCAACCCUGUAAAAAUUGAGAACGAAGUGGCUAUUGCCAUUGAGGGGGAUGAGAGCCCGAGAACGGCUCAGGAAUCCAUAUCUGCGGAAGCUACGCGGCUGAUAUGCAAGACGCUUGCGAAACCGACACGCGAUUUGAUUGAUGCCAUGGACAAUGCCAUCAUUGGCGCUAAUACAGUUCUUAUGAGGAUAGCAAGACUCCAAUUCACAUUACGCUUUCCCGGUGCGAACGACGGUGUACAUGCCGAUGAGGUUCUAAAUGAGCUACGAGAUAAACGAUACGAGUUUGAUGCUGCUGAUGAAACUCUCAUCAACGAUCCACGUCUGACAGGCUCAUAUUCAGACCACGAAGUCGUGCAGCUGUUUCUCUUCGUUCAUCCUGUUCGCCAAACCGCGGACAAGGUUGAAGCCUUGCUUGUCAAAGUGAGAGACAUUGAACGAGCCAACAGAGGACUGAGCAUCAACUUGCCCUCUUAUCCAUUCAUCAAGUCUCUCUCGCGCAGCAACGCUCAGGUUAGACAUGAUCGCGGCGGCUUGACUGCCGGUUCCUUUUUCCAAAGCAAGCGAUUGCUAGAGAGGACCAUGAAUGACCUGCAAAGCCAAGUAUAUAAACCGGCACCUCGCCAUCCGCGAGUGAGCGAAGCAGCUGGCGUUGAAGGCCGAACAAUGGGACAAUACGAAGAAGAGCGAGAAGUAGCAAUUGACUCAGAUGGGCCCAGGGACCCCACUACAAAGUUACGGUACAAAAUCUGGACCGUCCUGCACCGGCUGCAGGACUUUGAGUCGAGAUUUGCAUUCAAAGUUGUCUUGGUGACUACUUUGCUUUCAGUCCCCGCAUGGCUGGACCAAAGCCGGGGCUGGUGGAAUGCUAAUGACGGAUGGUGGGCAGUCAUUGCCGUUUGGCUACUGAUGCAUCCUCGUAGCGGAGGUAACAUUCAAGACUUAAUCGCGCGAAGCUUCUGCGCCGUGCUUGGAACCGUCUGGGGCGGCCUCGCAUACGGCGCAGGCAACGGCAGCCCGUACGUCAUGGGCGUCUUUGCUGCUAUUUUCAUGAUACCCAUGCUAUACCGAUUCACGCAGAGCACGCACCCGCGCUCUGGCAUCAUCGGAUGUAUCAGUUAUACCGUUGUCUCUUUGACCGCAUAUACGGACCAUGCCCAACCGUCCAUUGUCACGCAGACAUGGACUCGAGGCGUGGCCUUUCUCGUCGGCGUCAUGGCCGCCGUGGUCGUCAAUUGGGUAUUCUGGCCAUUCGUCGCACGUCACGAACUGCGUAAGUCCCUGUCCUCAAUGAUGCUACACGCAGCAAUCCUGUAUCGCGGUGUUGUCGGCAAAUACAUUUACUACGGCGAGGGCGAGGAGCCGUCAAAAGAAGAUGUAGAAAGGUCCGAAAUGCUCGAAGGUCGAUUGCGCGAGGGCUUCGUACGAAUACGCCAACUAAUGGCUCUAACUCGCCAUGAAAUUCGCCUCCGGGGCCCAUUCGACCCCCUCCCUUCCAGCGCACUCAUUGCCGCACUGGAGCGGUUCUUCGACCACCUCAUCUCCGUGCGGCAAUCGUCUUUAUACUUCCGCCCUACGCUGUACGCAGAUAACCCUGUCGCCAUGGAAGCUUUACUCUCUGUACGCCGGGAUGCUGUCGCCGCGAUCCUCAUGAAUCUGUACAUCCUCGCCGGCGCGCUACGCUCUGGCCGCCCCGUUCCGCGCUAUUUACCUUCUGCCGCGGCUGCGCGGAAGCGCUUGUUGGACCGAAUGCAUGCGCUCGAAACCGAACUUAGAGCCGCUGACCAGGCGUAUAUGCCCAAUCAGCCGAGAUAUACUCGGCGCUGGGCAGAUGUUUAUCAAUACGCCUACUCCGCCGCCCUGACAGACAUUGUCGAACAAUUGCAACAACUCCAGCGCUACACGAAAGCCAUCACGGGCGAAGUGGGAUUCGAUCCGCCCGAUGAUCCCGGCACCGAUGAAACCUAUUGAUCGAUGUACCAUGUAUUGUUACUGAAACUUAUGGCGUUGUAAAUUAUUUUUGUAUAUUUGCAUGGAUGUCUGUCUGUCUGUCUGUCUGUAUAUACGAUAUUUGUAUAUAUAUAUGCCGCCUUGUGCUUCCAAAAAAAAGGGGGAUAUUAUCCAUGACCUGUAUAUAACCCCGGACAUUGCAACUUGUAUACCUACUUUGGACCUUGGAC